UCAAAAUAUAUAUACAAAUACAGCCCUCUCAAUUUCCCCAUCUCUAUACUUUGAUUCAGCUUCAGCUUUCUCCGUCCGCCAUGGCUACUGCUGCUCUGUCAGUAGCCAAACCGUCUCUCCAGGCUAAUGGAAAGGGAGGAUUUGGAGAAUUCUCGGGCCUCCGCAACUCGUCGACCUGCCUUCCCUUCGGAAGGAGAACCUCCGAUGACUUCCUCUCCGUCAUUGCCUUCCAGACCUCUGCCGUGGGAAUCAGCGGAGGAUACAAGAAGGGGAUUGUGGAAGCAAAGCUUAAGGUAGCCAUCAAUGGGUUUGGAAGGAUUGGCAGGAACUUCUUGAGGUGCUGGCAUGGGCGCAAGGACUCCCCACUCGAUGUCGUUGCCAUCAACGACACUGGAGGUGUCAAGCAAGCUUCUCACCUUCUCAAGUACGACUCCACGCUCGGCAUUUUCGAUGCUGAUGUCAAACCUAUUGGAGAUGAUGCCAUUUCAGUCGAUGGCAAGGUAAUCAAGGUCGUCUCCAGCCGCAAUCCUAGCCUUCUUCCCUGGAAGGACUUGGAAAUUGACUUGGUGAUAGAAGGAACUGGUGUGUUCGUUGAUAGAGAGGGUGCAGGGAAGCACAUCGAGGCUGGAGCAAAGAAGGUCCUAAUUACGGCACCUGGGAAGGGUGACAUUCCCACCUACGUUGUCGGGGUUAACGCUGACGGUUACAGCCCAGACGAGCCUAUAAUCAGCAAUGCCUCUUGCACCACCAACUGCCUAGCUCCUUUCGUCAAAGUCCUCGACCAGAAGUUCGGUAUCAUCAAGGGAACCAUGACUACCACUCACUCUUACACUGGUGACCAGAGGCUACUCGAUGCCAGCCACCGUGACCUCAGGAGGGCAAGAGCUGCUGCACUCAACAUUGUUCCUACCUCGACAGGGGCAGCGAAAGCUGUUGCUCUAGUCCUCCCUUCUCUUAAAGGAAAACUUAACGGGAUUGCACUGCGUGUGCCCACUCCAAAUGUUUCUGUUGUCGACCUCGUUGUCCAGGUUUCUAAAAAGACCUUUGCUGAAGAGGUGAAUGCUGCAUUCCGGGAAAGUGCUGAUAAGGAGCUCAACGGUAUCCUCUCUGUCUGCGAUGAGCCCCUCGUUUCAGUCGACUUUAGGUGCACUGACGUCUCCUCAACUGUUGACUCUUCAUUGACUAUGGUUAUGGGCGACGACAUGGUGAAGGUUAUUGCUUGGUAUGAUAACGAGUGGGGUUACUCUCAACGGGUUGUUGAUUUGGCUGACAUUGUUGCCAACAACUGGAAAUGAGCAUGGGUGGUUUUUGCUCUCUCCGAGCUAACCUCAUUUCUAGUUUACUUUCUGCAUUUCUGCUUGAUUUUUCCCUUAUUAAUUUGUAAUCAGAACAGGAAAAACCAUUUUCCAUUACCCGUCACCCAAUAAAUAUAUAUGCCACAAAACUAUGCAGAGCGAUAAAAGUUUCGAAA